AUGUUUUCGACCCUCCUUUUUGUGAAGAUUUUCCACUGGCUGGCGCAGAAACGGGUGGAGUAUAUCGAAACGACGCCCGCAGUUUCGCGGCUUUCUCACAUCCGGAUCACCGUGUUCAUGGUGCUGCUACUGGCGAUGGACUGCGUGCUCGAAUUCCAGGCGGUCUCGUACCUUCUGAAGACUCGCUCCGCUUCAGUCCGGAUUCUCUUCGCCUUUGAGUACUUCAUUUUGGCGUCCGCCAUGCUGGCGAACAUCGUCAAGUAUGUGUUGUACAUGGUGGACACGGUGAUGGAGGGGCAGUGGGAGCACAAGGCGACUUACAUCUUCUACCUCGAGCUCGUGAAGGACCUCCUGCACCUCCUCGUCUACCUCGCCUUCUUCUCCAUCAUCUUCAUGACGUACGGCUUGCCCCUGCACCUGAUCCGCGACCUCUACGAAACCUUCCGCAACUUCCGCAUGCGCGUGGCCGACUUCAUCCGCUACCGCCGCAUCACCUCCAACCUCAACGAGCGGUUUCCCGACGCGACUCCUGAGGAGCUCGAGAGGGCGGACAGCACGUGCAUCAUCUGCAGGGAGGAGAUGACGUCAGCCAAGAAGCUUCCCUGCGGGCACCUCUUCCACGUGCACUGCCUGCGCUCCUGGCUCGAGCGCCAGCAGACCUGCCCCACCUGCCGCGCGCCCCUGCUGCAGCCCCAGGCGCAGCCCACGCCCCCCCCUGCCGCCGCUGCCGCCGCCGCCGCUGCUAGAAACGCCGCCGCUGCUGCUGCCGGUGCUGCCGGUGCUGCUGGUGUUGGCGGUGCUGGUGGUGCUGGUGGUGCGGGUGGUAAUGUGGGCCUUGGGGGGAUUGCUGGUCUGGGGUUUGGAGUGCCAGGGGGGGCUGGGGUUGUGCCUCUUGCGGCUCCUGCUGCUGCGCCUGGUGUUGCUCCUGGCGGUGCUGCUGGUGGUGGCGGCGUGGGCGGCGUCAUUCCCUUGGGGCAGUUUCGCAUUGCGGCGGGCGGGGGAAUGCCGGCUGUGCAUGUGUUUCACGGGCAGUUGAACCUUCCUGGCGGGAUGGGCGCAGCGGGAGCAGCAGGUACAUCUGGGGCAGGGCCAUCUGGGGCUUCACCUACUUCUGCCAACGCUGCUUCUCCGUCUGCAUCCGCUGCUACUAACACUCCUGGUGGUGAGGCUAGUGCGGGUGGGUCGUCAAGCACAACUGCUGUUGCAGCUUCCACUGCAGCUCACACCGCUGCUCCUACUGCACCUGCCACUGCAACUGCCACGGCAACCCCCAGUUCGGCUCCCAAUGCAGCCCAGCCCCCUCCUGCUGCAGCCUCUGCCUCUGGAUCAGAUGCCUUCCUUCGCCAAUACAAUGCCUGGUUGCUCAAGGGCAGGUACCUGCUGGCUCUCAAGGGCAGGCAGCUGGCCCCACUGGUUCUGGUGCAGGUGCAUCCGGUGCAGGUGCAUCCGGUGCCGCUGCUUCCGGUUCAGGUGCAUCUGGUGGAGGUGCAUCUGGUGCAGGUGCAUCUGGUGCAGGUGCAUCUGGUGCAGGCACAAGCGAACAAGCACCUCAGACCCCCCUCACUGCUGCCCAGGCCCAGCCCACUGUGCCUGCUAGUUCCAAUAGCACAGGUGCGGAUGCCUCUGCUGGCCUGGACAAUGGUGUCAGUGGUAACAGUGGUAGCAGCAGUGGCAGUGGUAGUGUUGGGAAUGCUGCUGCUCCUAGUGUUGCUGGUGUGGAGCCCUCUCAAGGAAGCAGAGGGGAGGGACAGGGGCAAACGGCAGGAGGUGAAGGGCAGGGUUAGAAUGGUCAUGGCUGACUGA